AUGGAACCCGAUCCUACUUUAGAUCUCUCCGCUGCCGUCGAUGUUUACUCGGAUUGGAUCGAUGCCUGUGAUGCGGUUGCUAAACAUGCUGCCGGCAACGAUAUGGAGACUACCACACGCGGAGCAACUGAUGGAUCCCCGGGGCCUGUGAGACGCGGAGCUGACAGAGAUGAACUUGACCAGGCUGAAGCUGGCCUCGAUGAUUAUUGA